AAAACCCGAUGACGCAACACGGAAGUUAAAUGAUCUAUUUCUAUGGGUUGUUGUGCUUUUCAUCAGCAGUAGUUAGGUGUACUUUAAGCUUAAUUUAACUCGGAGGGAGACGUUACCACUUUAGUUCGGGCUCGGGUAAAGAAGGCAAGAAUGAAACGGUGUGACAUUAUAGUUGUGUUGCAGUUUUUGUUGGUGCGACACAUCACGAGUUGGGACGACGGCAGCGUGCUGCUGCGUGACAUCCAGGCAUUGACUUUGUACAAGGAUCGAUACUCCACAUCGAGGCGCUCCAUCCCAGUGCCUCAGCUCCAGUGUGUUGGAGGCUCCGCGGGAUGCCAGGCCUUCGUCCCAGAAGUGGUCCAAUGUCGGAACAAAGGCUGGGACGGAGUGGACAUACAGUGGGAGUGUAAGACUGAUAUGGACAAAGCCUACCGAUUCGGUCGCAUUGAGGUAAACUGUGAGGGCUACAGCCACCCUGCAGAUGCCCUCAUACUGAAGGGCUCCUGUGGGCUGGAGUACACACUUGAGCUGACUGAAGAGGGCCGGGGGACGUCACAAGGCAGCGCGGGUUCCCAAAGUGGAUUUAAGGGAUUUGGAGGUCUCGGUGGCUUUGCCUCUAGUCUCUUCAGCGCUUUCUCUGGAAACCAGCAUCAACGCCAUCAGCCCAGCCAGCAGAGCCAUCAGAGCUCCCAACCCUCAGGCAGCGGAGACUCAGGAGGUCUGCUUGUGGUUGCCGUGCUUCUGUUCUUAGCUUACGGCAUCUACAAGCUGUUCCUCAGUGGGAACACGGGCCAGUGGGGGCAGACCAGUGGACAGGCAGGUUAUCCCAGAGAUAAUCACCAUGGCUCCACUGCAGGACCACCGCCCCCGGGAUUCAAACCUGACUUCACAGGCAAUCCUGGUGGUGUGAACCCAGGGUACGGUUUCCACAGUGACUACACUCACAGACAACAGUACUCAGGAGGCCAAGCUCCUCCUGGCACAGGUGGUGGCUUCUGGACCGGCAUGGGAACAGGAGGGAUGCUGGGAUAUCUCUUUGGUCGUCAGAGAAGCCAGCACUAUGACCACUCCGCUUCCAGCAGCAGCAGACAUCCGCCAUCUUCCUCUGGGACACACACUGCUACAGGUUUUGGAGGAACCAAGAGAAGAUAAAGACUAUGGAGGCGAAACUAAGAAUAUUAAAAGACGGGCUCGGUGUUGGCUGGAUGGAAGGUCAAAUGUGACAAAAGCAUCAUGAGAAGACUAAGCGUCUUCUCAUGAUGCUUCCUUCAUGAAAGAUGAACCCGUCACAUUGCUUCAUAGUUCUACUUUCCUCUGGAGUGGUCACUUAGAUGUAAGCACUCCUUUUAGAUUUUCUGUGAAAGUGUGGUUUGAGCUUUAGCCUGAAGGUAUCAGUGUUUGGAAGAGCAUGGCAUAAUUAUGUGUGUUCAAGAAGAGGAUCUUGUUCAUUUAAUCAAUUUAUUCAUGCAGUCUGUUUGGGUAAAAUAGCUGUCGGUUUUCUCUCUGCAGUCUUUUUUUUUACUGUUGACAGACCUGUUGACAGACGUAUGAUAAUUAUAUAAACUGUAGCACCUUUUGCAUUCACAUAAAUCAGGUCCAAAAUCCGGCCCGCGGGCCAAUGGCGGCCCGCGGUCAGAUUUCAUACGGCCCGCAGCUUCCGUCAUAUAAUGUGUUAUUUCUGGCCCCCCAGAUUUGUCAGAAUAAAUCAAUCAUAAAAACUUGAAA